GGAAGCGUGUGGAGCCGAUUGUUUCAAAGACGAUUUGACUUCGUGAAUAAAGUAGUGAAAAAGACGAUUUUUGGACUUUAAAUCAAUUACUGUACGGUACAGUAUUUAGUCAUAAUGCUUGAGUUAAAAAAUAUUGAACUUCCUAAGCUAGAGAAUGAUCAGAAGUCGUACGCAGGGAUACCAGAAGCCGUAUUUGUGGAGGAUGUAGAAGCAUUUAUGAAGCAGUCCGGUAAUGAAGAAAACGUAGAAAAAGUAUUGAAAAGCCUCGAUGAGCAGCACAGCAAGUAUAAAUUUAUGGAGUUUAACAUCAUUUCUCGGAAGCGCCGCCUACGACAGCAAAUCCCUGAUCUAGCCAAAAGUCUUGAAAUGAUUAAAAUUUUAAAAAAUCAAACUGAGGAACAGGAAACACAAUUUCUUCUAAGUGAGGGAGUCUUCGUAAAGACUCGUGUUCCACCUACAAAAACAGUUUGCCUCUGGCUAGGGGCAAAUGUGAUGCUCGAAUACCCGCUGGAUGAGGCCGAAGAGCUUCUAAAGCAAAAUAAAACCUCCGCCGAGGUAAACCUUAAGUGCCUGGAGCACGAUCAGGAAUUUUUGAGGGAUCAGAUAACGACCACGGAGGUUAACAUGGCUCGGGUGCACAACUAUGACGUAAAAAAGCGACAAGCGAAAAAAGCCGCCGAGGACAAGUGAGGUAAUCGACAAAGAAUGAACGCAUUUAAUCUUACAGCCCCACGUGUGGUAUAUCUUUGGGUUUAUUUAUAUCAUGCCGAAUAAUUGAUUAAAAGCACAGAA